CCGCCUCUAAAGCCCAGCCUGCCUCCCAGCCACGCCCGAGCGAGGCGGCACACGUCGUAGCAGUAUCAGGCCUUCACGACCCGCCAGCGGCACCUCCCACAGCGACGACCAACGGCCUCUUGACGAUCUCAGACUCGGGGACGACAUAAUGCCCGAAGGACUGACGGGAGGCACUAGGACCUGGCGACAAUUCCUACGCUACCGCCGUCGUCGUCAGGACUUGCAGGAGGAACUAGAAGACACCCAAGCCAAGAAGACCUCCGCAGCUGCCCACCUCCAGGCCAUGGACACCAAACACCAAGCUCUCCUACAGGAAGCCAAGCAGCUUGACGAGGACGUAUCGAGGACCAGCCGAGACCUUAGGCUCUUAGACGAGGACAUGGAGCUAGUGCUGGUACUCAAGAGUGGCCAGGUGAAGGUGGACCUAGAAGCCAUGACGGAACUCUUGAAUCCAGACUUCAGCGACACACGACUGGUAAAGCACGAGGAACUCAAGAAACUGGAAACCACAGCCGAGAAAUGUGUAGAGAGUGAGAGGGCGGACGGUGUAGGAGAGGGUGGAGGUGAGAAUGGAGAGGUGGAGGCGCUCAGAGCACUUCGGGGACAACUGCAGCUGGAGGUGGAGCUGGCUCGUCAAGACCUCCACCAUAUCAACACCCUCAAGGUCGGUCGGGACGUCAUGGCAGCAGCGACCAAUGCAGUGGCCGGAAGUGGACACCAUGACCCCUCCCAGCUCUAUGCUUCUCUCCAGCGCCUCCAACAGAUUCACGGGGAGAGGGUGGAGAGCAUGGCGGCGGGGUCCAACAAGGUGGUUAAGCAGCUCCGACAGUCGCGCCGCAAAGUCAGCAAUCUCCAGCGUCAAGUGGAUGAUCUCGCACAGGAGAUCGAUGACCUGCAAACGCAAGUCGCCCAGGCUCAACCGGAGCUACACCUAGCCAAGAGGGAGAACAGGCUGCGUCGAGUGAUGGCGUGUAGUGACCUCACCACCCACGCCAGGCAGCGCCAGGCCAUCAUACUGGACUUGGAGCAUGAGUUGGACACGCUCCGGCUACGCACUUUCCCUAUGCUCUCACGCCCACCCCAGCCACCCACGAUCUGAUCUGUCAAAGCGUUCUGAUCAGCCACCUGCUCUGCCUAGUUACAUUAAGGUCUUCGUGUGAUUUAAUAGUUUUGCCUCUGACGCCCAAUACAUUACUUCUGGUAGUCUUUGGGUGAUGCCUGACCAAUCAAGGAAAGGUCCUUGUGUAACUGGUCUGUACUCAGUGAACCGAUCAUAUAUUAUCAUCAAACUACAACUUCACAAAAUUGAAAAGUGUCAGCGGUGGAAGUAAAUACUACAAUAUACCCUGAACUAAUUACAAGACAGCUGCAGCCUCGUAAGGCUCACCCACGUCUACAGUACAUUGUAAUUUAUCGUUGUUGCUUACUUUGUUUCUGUAUAAUACUGGCUAAAUAAACUUUCAAACUAUGUACUAGAAAUU